UCAUAUUUUAAGCUGGAGCUGGUCUCAGUGUACCGCAGUGCAGUACCAACACGGAUUCGGAGCGAGUUAACCCGUCCUGCGGCCUUGUAAAAACACACAACAGCAGCUCUGCAGUGACUCGAGAUGUUUCUGACGCUUCUUUUGAUUUCCACUGCUGUGGCCAGCCCUCUGCUGGGAACUGAGCAGUGUGCUCGUGGACCCCCAUACUGGUGCCAAAAUGCCAAGACUGCUACCCUUUGUGGUGCGGUCUCCCACUGCCGACAAAACGUCUGGAACCAGCCUCAUGUGAAAUCUGUGCCAUGUGACUUAUGCAAAGAGCUGUUGACUGUAGUGGACCAACUGCUGAAAAACAACUCAACAGAGGCUGAGGUCCUGGACUACCUUGAGAAAUUAUGCCAGUUGAUUCCUGAUGAAGGCCUGGCUGCUGAAUGCAAGGAAGUUGUGGACGAUUACUUCCCGGUCCUUGUUGACAUCAUUAAAGGAGAGCUGGAUGACCCAGAGGUCCUAUGUAGUGCUCUUGGCCUGUGCGUAACCCAACAGGAGGCUCUUGCCAAAGCUCAGCUCAUGUCCAAUGAGAUCCCGAAGAUGGAUCUGACCCAAAGGGUUAAUCCCUUACUCCUGAACAUCCCUCAGCUCCUUUACCCUAAGGAGAAUGCCAAAAAGGAGGAGACCGCAACAGGGGAGAGUGAUACUGUGUGCGAUGACUGUGUGAAGUUCCUCACUGACGCUCAGGACGAGGCUAGGAAAAAUGCCAGCUUUAUCAAUGCCCUGAUUGAGCAGAUUGAGACUCAGUGUGACCUGCUGGGUCCUGGCCUUUCUGAUCUCUGCAAGCAGUACGUCAGCCAGUACGCACCUCUUGUUAUUCAGCAGCUCAUGUCUAUGCAACCCAAAGACAUCUGUUGCCGUGCUGGGUUCUGUGACUCCAUCCCUAAAUCUGUCCCCAUGCUGAAUCUGGUUCCUGCUAAAUCUAUUGCUGCAGUAAAAACCAUCCCUGCCAUUAAAUUGGUGAAGGCGUCCUCCGUCAAACCUACCAAGAAGAUGGUGCGUGCCCGUGACUCCCCUGAGUGUACCAUCUGUGUGUUUGUGAUGAAGGAGAUUGAAAAUAUGAUCCAGGGCCAGACCACGGAGGAAGAAGUGAUACAUGCUGUGGAGAAAGUGUGCAGCAUCCUGCCCCCCUCUGUUUCUGCUCAGUGCAGGGAUCUGAUUGAGACUUAUGGCCAGGCGAUCAUUGAACUGCUGAUACAGGAAGUUGAUCCCGGCACUGUCUGCAACCUUCUGGGCUUGUGCAGGGAUGCGAGUCGUGCCUUCAUUCCUGUAAUGGAGAAAGCGGAGUUUAAGGCUGGUGGGUUCUGUGAUGUGUGCAAGAUGGCCGUGCGCUACAUUGAUGGUAUCCUGGAACAGAAUGCCACAGAGGCUGAGAUUGAGGAUGCUGUGAAAAAAGUCUGCAACUUCCUGCCUGAUGAAUAUAAAACUCAGUGUGAGCAGCUCAUUGACCAGUAUGAGCCUCUGAUUGUCCAGCUGCUGCUCCAGGCCCUUGACCCAGACUUUGUCUGCACGAAGUUGGGCGCAUGCCCUGGGGCACUGCGAAUGCUGCUGGGUGUUGAGCAGUGCAGCUGGGGCCCAGCAUUCUGGUGCAAGAACAUGGAGACCGCCACCCGCUGUAAUGCGGUGACUCACUGCACACGUCAUGUUUGGAGUUAGAGGAACUGAGUGCACAAACCAACCUGAGGAGCUAAAGGAGAAUCUCUGUAGCUUUUUUUUUUUUUUUUUAAUUACAAAAAUCAGCCCUUUUUUGUUUUAUUUUAGGCUGUGAAAUGGAGUUUAAAAUGGUCUUAAAACUAAUCAAGCAACUUUGCCACCUGGGGAAGAUUAAUGUUCUCACACAAGGGAGGGGAUAAGUACUAUGCAGGACUUUGAGGAGGCACCAGAGGGGAGUGAAUUUUAUUAAGCUUGAACUGAGUCUUCAACUGCUGACAGUUUGGGUGGUUAGAGUUGGUUGGGGUUUUUUGUCCCCUGAGCUACUUGGAUUUUCUUCAGAGUGAUUUGUGUGGAUGUAUGUUCAAGAUGAGGAUGUCUGAGACCUUGGACUGAAGACUGCUUUAACUCCUUUUGGGGGGGGAAAGAGAACCUGCAACUGCUUUAGCUGCAGGGAUGGUGAUUAGGAGCUCUUGUUUUUACUGACAAUAUUUCAUCCUAAUUGGAGUUUAUUUUCAGGGUUUUAUCAGCAUUUUUUCAUACCAGUAUGAUUUUCAUGUGACUUUUUUUUUUUUUUUCAGUGGCUGCUUUCUUUUAAUUGACUUGUCUUGGUCAAAUGGUCCUGAGCUUCAGUGUGCUUCAUGCUUAAUGCUGAACGAUUUGUUGGAAUCUGUAAAAUUUUAAUGGAAAUUAAACAUUUUAAAGAGGU